AUGGCCGCACCGUUUUUUUCAACUCCAUUUCAGCCUUAUGUCUACCAGGAGUUAGAGAAUUCCAUGUUGAUUCGUUGCUGUUUCCUUCGAUUAGUCUUGAUCACUUGGAAGAACAGUCAACAAGAUACAAUUACACCUUUCCAGAUUUUGGGUGGUGAAGCCCAAGUUGUUCAGAUAAUGUUAAAGUCGGAGGAGAGAGUCAUUGCUAAGCCUGGUUCCAUGUGCUACAUGUCUGGGUCCGUUGAGAUGGAAAAUACAUAUACUCCUGAACAAGAAGUUGGAGUUUUGCAGUGGCUUUUGGGCAAGAGUGUAAGCAGCGUAGUUCUUCGGAAUACUGGACAGAACGAUGGAUUUGUGGGUAUUGCUGCACCUUAUUUGGCUAGGAUUCUCCCGAUCGAUUUGGCAAUGUUUGGAGGUGAGAUCUUAUGCCAGCCAGAUGCAUUCCUUUGUUCCGUCAAUGAUGUGAAGGUUGCCAACUCCGUUGACCAGAGGGCAAGAAACAUCGUUGCCGCUGGUGCAGAGGGAUUCCUGAGACAACGCCUAUCUGGACAAGGUCUUGCUUUUAUCCUCGCAGGUGGCUCAGUUGUACAAAAAAUCCUGGAGGUAGGAGAAGUUCUCACCAUUGACGUGUCUUGCAUCGCUGCUCUCACUCCGUCAAUUGAUGUCCAAGUUAAAUACAAUGCUCCUCUGAGACGAGCAGUAUUCGGGGGUGAUAAUGUAGUAAUGGCGACUCUAACGGGACCAGGGAUAGUCUUCAUCCAAAGUUUACCAUUCCAUCGGCUCUCGCAGCGUAUUGCAAGGUCGGUGACGUCACCAAACAUGAGAGAAAAUCCAAGGUUGUUGAUACAGAUAGCGAUAUUUGCGUUCCUUGCAUACGUUGUGAUACUAUCUUCGUUGAUCCUGACCGAAGUUUGA